UAUCGUAGUACCCUGAAAAAGUUGUGAAGUGUCAACUGGAUUUUCGAUUCAAUUAUGCGAGAAGAAAAUUAAAUGAAGCGUUAUAUCACUUACGCGCUUGUCGGCACUUUGCAGGAACCAUAUUAAACCUGCAAAUUUUGAUUUUCUUGAGAUCGAUCUCGAGAUUGAAUAUCAUGGAAAACAAAAGUAGCAACAACUUUAUUAGUUACGUAGGAUUAGAGGAGCACGAGCUACAGACCUUUAGUUCCAGCCGACGUAAUUCAUUAGUUGAAAAUAGUAUAAAAUUAUUACCAGGAGAAGUUCUUAUUGCCGAGGCGCAAAGUGUUCUUAUGUUUCUACCCGUUAGUGAUCUAAAACAAGGAAUAUCUGGUGUUUUGUCAGUGACUAAUUUUAAACUUACUUUUGUUACCAGUGGUGAUUCGAAUGGAGAGAAUGUUACUCGCCAACAAAAUCAUUUGUAUGGAUAUACGGAUACGUGUUUGACAAAUAUCGAUGAAAUUUACAUUAUGGUAGGAGAUAAGAAAAGGAAGUUAGUUCCUGGUAAUACAGUACCAUCCAAAGUAAAAGGGAUAUUUAUUAUUUGCAAAAAUCUAAGAACAUGGUCGUUUUCUUUCAAAUUUUCACCUCUUGGACAUGGUAAGAAUCUUCUGACUGCACUACUACAUCAUGCUUUUCCUAGCAGACACCAAUUAUUAUUUGCCUACGAUUACAAAGAGGCUUACUACAGUAGUCUUGACAAAAAUGUACAACUAUUUCGGGAUAUUUCAGACUGGCAAAACGAAUUGAAAAGAACGUUGUGUAGCGAUGAGAUAAGAAAAGGUUGGAGAUUAUCUAUGGUUAAUGCUAAGUUUCAACUUUGUCCCAGUUUAUCGCAAUAUGUAGUGGUACCUGCGUCUGUGACGGACAGUCAAUUGACAGAUGCAGCUAGACAUUUUCAAGGUAAUAGACCAUCAGUAUGGUCCUGGACGAGUUCCCAUGGUGCAGCAUUAGUAAAAAUGUCUGAAUUAUUACCAACAAUUACAGAGAGGAUGCAGGAGAAUAUUAUGUUUGAAAAUGUUCGUAAAAGCCAUCCUCAAAAGAUACCACCCGUUGUUAUCGAAUUGAAUAAAGAAAUUAAUGUAAAGUUAAUAGCAGCAAGUUUCACUAAAUUUAUUAGCUUAUGCACACCAGAAAACAUCAGACAAUUCUGGAUUCAAGAUAAUAAUUUUUAUUCAUUAUUAGAAAACACAAAAUGGCUUAAAUACAUAUCGUAUUGCCUACAAAAGACAGUUGAAGUUUGCGAUCGUCUUAAUUUAGGAAUUUCCGUCAUCUUACAAGAAGGUGCUGCUAGAGACUUGUGCUGCGUUAUAUCGAGUUUAGCGCAACUGUUGCUGGAUCAUCACUUUCGUACUGUAGCAGGCUUUCAAUCGUUAUUACAAAAGGAAUGGGUCGCUGGUGGCCAUCCGUUUUGUGAUAGAUUAGGCCACAUCGUGAAAGCUAAUUCAGAAAAGUCUCCAUUGUUUCUUUUAUACCUCGACUGUGUGUGGCAAUUGUGUCAACAAUAUCCAACAGAAUUUGAAUUUACGGAAACAUAUUUGACCACACUAUGGGACGCGGCACAUGUUUCCAUUUUUGAUACCUUUAUCUUUAACUGUGAGAGAGAUCGGGCAGUGGCAGCUAUGGAUCCCAACACACCUCUUGUACUUCGUAGCGUUUGGGACUGGCGAGAACAAUUCAACGAUCAAGACAUCUUGUUGUUUUAUAAUCCUUUAUUUAUUCCUUGUAGUUCUACCAACAAGAUAAAAACGGAAAACGAAACAAUUAUAAAGCCUUUGUAUGCGGUUUCUAGUCUCGAGCUUUGGACGCAAUGCUAUUUUCGUUGGAUACCGACACUUGAAAUUCGUAACGGCGGACAAAGACAUGUCGAACUUUACAUUAGGUUACUUCAAAAUGACAUAAAUCAACAUGGAAUAAACGAAAGCUGCGUUUCACCGAUAGAUAAGGUCGGUAUCUGCUCUCUUCAUACAAAUAUCGAUAGCUUUUAUCCCUUUAGUAACAAUAGGUCAGGGAAUACUGUAAGUGCGCCGAUUAUGAAUAGUUCGAUCCUUCUAAGUGAGAGUCUAUUAGACGCACAAUCAGUAAUAACUGCGACCGAUUGACAGUAUCUCAACACGCUGUUUUUACGGCAUUCAAAAUGCGUACCUGAUUACAUUCCCUUUCCUUCUAGCGUAAAACAAGAUGUUUGUUUCGAAAGAUCUUUCUAAAAGAUAUGACUUGUCAAAGCAUUUGUAAAGGAAAGGGCAUUUUCCAGGAACAUUGGCUACGUUUACACCAUUUAAGCUGCAGCCUAUACAAUAGGUGUCCUUGUUUAUCCUGUGAGUUAAACAAAAACAUCUAUCGCAUAAAUCGCAGACUAGUGCCCAU